AUGAUGAUGGACGCGGUUUAUGACCCAUAUGAUAUUCUGUUCGGUGAUAAUCAAAAAUCACCUAUUUCUGAUAGUAUGCUUUUUACGAAUGAAGUUAUGUUGGGUAAUUUCAAUACUGAAUCGUCAUCGAUCAGCCCAAUAGCGCAUAGCACAGAAAAUAUCGACACGGAUUUUGAUCCAGCAGCUUUCGAAAAACUAAUCAAUGAAUUAUUAUCAUCAGACCCGGGAAUGAUCCCAGAACAAUCGAUUGAUCUCCCAUUAACAUCACUAGAACCCGAAUCAUCGACACGAGAGAUCGGCACUGAUCCCAUGGAACCCGCUUCACAACCAUUACCGCUGAUUAUUAACUCAGCUAAUCUUAGACAAUUAACUAGUGCACCAAUUAUUUUCAUACAAAAAUCCGCCGAUACUGUAGUGGAUAAUGUCUCAACUAUAACCAACGAUUGUUAUAAUGCGCCGCUCGACAGUUCCUCGUUGGGAUCGAAUGAUUAUCCAAUGGAAGACGUUUUGCCUCUCACUCCAUCAACAUCGAGUGAUUCCCCUGAUGAAGGAAAUUCCAACUCACCAGACGUCUGCCAAGAUCAAGCUUAUUCAAAGCUAUUAACAAAUUUUGAUAAUCUACCCCGAUCAGGUGCGUUGAAAUUGACAAAUGAGGAAGUGAAAUUAAUCAAGCAAGAAGGUUAUCAAGUUCCAACGAAAUUACCAUUGAGUAAAGCAGAAGAGAAAAUGUUAAAAAAAAUUCGUCGAAAAAUCAAAAAUAAGAUUUCAGCACAAGAGAGUCGUCGAAAGAAAAAGGAAUAUGUUGAUGCUCUCGAAAAACAAAUCGCGAAAUAUGCUGAUGAAAACAAUACGCUCAAAGAACGAAUGGCAGCGAUCGAGAAAAACCAAAAAUCGUUGGCCAAAGAACGCGAUCUCCUUCGAUCCAUGCUCAAUAAAGCAACACCAGCACCUAGCAGAGCUUUGAUGGUCUUUGCGGUCUUCUUCGCCGUUCUUUUCGGUGUCUGGUCGCCAAUUGCAAAUAAAUCGUCUACCGAUGACCGGGCUCUCUCGUUAGAAAACGCUUUGAUGCCUUCAAACAAUCACCAAGCUGCUUACGUAUCGAAAAAAUCUUUAUUUGAACAGCAAGAUAACACACAUUCCAACUACAUAACUAAUAGUCAUAAAUCUCGCGUUCUGUUAUCGGUUGACGAUCAUGAUAGUCACCAACAAUAUGGACCCUAUUUACCAUCAAAUAGCAAACAAAAAAGCAUGUUCCAAAAGGAAACAGCAGCACCAAGUUACAUGUACUCUGAUUCCAUCGAAAAGUACAUAAAUAAAAAGCAUCAAUCGGAAAUAGUUGCUGACACCAAUGGAAAAGCCCAUAUGAAACGAUCCUUAUCAGAUGAUUCAUCAUCGGUAAUUUUUACUCAAAAGUCAACACAUAAAAAACUUCGAUCUAAUUAUCAUAUCAAUGAAGAUAUUGUUGUCGUUGAAGACUCAAACAAUGACAAUAGCGAUGGUCCCCUCGAAAACAAAUCAGUCAAAAUCAUCCGCGUCGAACGUGCGGUACCAGCUGUUCGAAACGAUACAUUAAAACUAGCUCACCGUAUGAUCAAUGAAUAA